CCGCACUUCCGUCAUCUUCUGCAUAACGGUUCUCUUCUUCUUCCAUUUUUUCGUAUCCCCUUCUCACCGCUUUCACCGCCGGAAGAUAAUGUUCUCUUCUUUAUUGCAAGCAGUUUCUCAGCCGUUGACAUCGCAGGAAUUCCAUGUUCGUGUUCUCGUGAAGUUUGAUGGUGUGUGGUCUGAUACGUUGGAAUUCGACUGUAAGGAGUUGUAUGAAAUUGAUGUCUACCGUGGGUGUACGUAUGAUGAUCUUCUCCAGUUAAUCCGUUGGACCGUACCUUCAUAUGCUGAAAAUUCAGAAUUUAUAUUGUCAUACACGACCAAUUCUACACAGCCACGUACCUUUGUUCAUGAUGACUCUACCCUUGAUUCUUACAUUCGAUUGAAACUGAUUCAUUGUAAUGUUCGUGAUUAUCCCUUGUGCGUUGAGUUAUGGUCUAGGCCUGAUUCCCCAUGUGGUUCCGAGUCUGACAAUAACGAUUUUUCUGAGGGGGACUCAUCUCUUUCUGGCCAUUCAAACGCACACGGUGGUGAUGUCCUAGAAAUGCCUCAAAGUAAUCACAACGAUCAGCGUCUCGUACUCUCUGGGGCAUCUCCUUUGUUUCACACAUCAACUGAGGAAUCACUGGUGGAGAACAAUUUGCUGCUGUCCAACGAAAGUUCAAUGGCACAUACUACCUCCAUGUCUGCUGAAGAAAUGUCUAUGUUAAGGGAUUUGAAGGUUAUAUCCCGGUUUGAUCCGACUACGAUUGCGGUGAGUGCAAUUUAUGAGAGUAAGCAGGAUCUUCUUUUCCAUCUUAAGAGACUGGCGAUGGCCAACUACUUUCAGUUCAGGACAAAAAGAUCGAACAAGAGUUUCCUCCAUGUUGUGUGCGUGGAUUACAAAAGAUGCAGCUGGGCAGUGCGGGCUGUGCGUUUGGAUAAAAAAGUGGACAUUUUUCAAGUUCGCAGGUAUGACCACGAGCAUCAAUGCCCUAUAGAUGCACGUCAAGGAAAAACAAGACAAGCUACCUACGAUGUUGUCGCAGACCUGGUGAAACAUCAAUUUCAUGAUGCAACAAAGAAGCCUUACCCUCCCAAAUCAAUUAUGGCAGACAUGCAAAGGGAGCAUGGAAUUUAUAUGACAUAUAAAAAGGCGUGGUUUGCAAAAGAAAAGGCUCUUCAACUCUGUUUUGGGACUCCAGAGGAAUCUUAUGCAUCAUUGCCGUCAUUGACCUUUAUGCUUAGUAAGGCUAAUCCGGGUUCAUUUAUUCAGCUCUCAAUGACCCCGAGGAAUCUUUUCAAAAAUUUAUUUAUUUCACUUUCUCCAUGGAGGGACGGGUGGCAACAUUGUGUCCCGGUGCUGAUAAUUGAUGGUUCGUUUAUGAAAUCCUACUACAAGGGAACCCUACUAAGUGCAGUCACCCGUGACGAGUCUAUGAACAGCGUCGACGCUGUUCCACGUGAGUAUCCUAUUGCAAGGGUAGUAGAUUUUUUGCUAGGAAGGAUGCAAAGGUGGUUCCAUGAACGUCGGGAGCUGGCAAAUUUCACAUCUUCCACUUUAUCAAAGCACUAUGAGUCCAAGCUUAAUGCCCUUCACGCUUCCUCCGCUGUUAUGGAGGCUUGGUUCAAUAGUGGUCAGGUUCUGCUAUUUCAUACAGCAAAUGCCACAAAAAAGCCUGGCUUGCAGGACCAUGGUGGUGCCACCCAUCUCCCCCAUAUGUUUGACAUUAUUAAGAAUUUCUUCGUGGAGAAUGAGAAGAGGUAUAAUUUUUCAGAUCUUACAGAAUGUGCUGUAAAGCAAUGGAGGAUGUUCAAGCUAUUUUACCUCUCUCUAUUUUUUUUCUUUUCUUGAAAUGGUUAAUUUGAGCACUCUUUUUGCAGUGGGUGGGGGGUCAUUGUUGAAUUAUCUUGAACAAUGUUUGUCACGUUGGAGUAUAAAAAUUUGAAUGAAUGUACAAGGACAAACCUCUAAGGAGUUGAUAGAGCAUAUUAUUGAAGUUGGAUAGAAUUUCCUAUUAUUGAAGUUGGAAUAGUCUCUUUUAGAGUAUUAUUAGAUUUUCUCCAGAAUUGUUAUCCAUGCUAAUAUUGCUUGGGUAAUACUUUGUAGUUUUAAAAGUACUUUCAUUUAUUUGAAAUUAGCUUUACUUGAAGGAUUUACCAAAUCUUCUUUUCCAACCAUAAAAGUAGUCUUUUAUG